AUGGGGUCGUCAGGCUGGGCUCUGCCCUGCACCGUCGUCCUGCUGCUCGUCGCGGCGGGGGCUGCAGCAGGAGACAUAUGUAUGAGAAACGAGUUCCAGUGCCAUGAUGGGAAAUGCAUCUCCUACAAGUGGGUUUGCGACGGGACUGCUGAGUGCCAGGACGGCUCUGAUGAGUCCAAGGAGACAUGCUUGUCCGUCACCUGCAAAUUUGAGGACUUCAGCUGUGGGGGCCGGGUCAACCGUUGCAUUCCUCAGUUCUGGAGAUGCGAUGGCCACGUGGACUGUGAGAAUGGCUCAGACGAGCAAGACUGUGCUCCCAAGACAUGCUUGCCGGACGACUUCCGCUGCACUGAUGGCAAGUGUAUCUCAAAGAAUUUUGUCUGUGACGGGGACCGGGACUGCUUGGAUGGCUUGGACGAGGCCAACUGUACUGUGUCCACCUGUGGCCCUGCCACCUUCCAGUGCAACUCCUCUACCUGCAUCCCCAAGCUGUGGGUCUGUGAUGGUGACCUGGACUGCAAAGACGGCUCUGACGAGUGGAACUGCAAGAGUCCCAACAGCAGCCUCUGCUCCAGCCGGGAGUUCCACUGCCACAGUGGCGAGUGCAUCCAUGCCAGCUGGCUCUGCGACGGCGGCGCCGACUGCAAGGACAAGUCAGAUGAGGAGAACUGCACCGUGGCCACAUGCCGACCCGACGAGUUCCAGUGUGGGGAUGGGACCUGUCUCCAUGGCAGCCGGCAGUGUGACAAAGAGUAUGACUGCAAGGACUUGAGCGAUGAAUUGGGCUGCAUCAAUGUGACCUUGUGUGAGGGGCCCAACAAGUUCAAAUGCCACAGUGGCGAAUGCAUCACCCUGGACAAAGUCUGCAACUCGGUCAGGGACUGCCGGGACUGGUCGGAUGAGCCCCUCAAGGAGUGUGGUACCAACGAGUGUCUGGACAACAAAGGCGGCUGUUCCCACACCUGCAACGACCUCAAGAUUGGCUACGAGUGCCUCUGCCCUGAGGGCUUCCAGCUGGUAGACCAGAGACGAUGCCAAGAUAUCGAUGAAUGCCAGGACCCCAACACCUGCAGCCAGAUCUGCGUGAACUUUGAGGGGGGCUACAAGUGCGAGUGCCACGUGGGCUUCCAGAUCGACCCCUAUACCAAGUCCUGCAAGGCCAUCGGCACCAUUGCCUACCUCUUCUUCACCAACCGCCACGAGGUGAGGAAGAUGACGCUGGACCGGAGCGAGUACACCAGCCUCAUCCCCAAUCUGAAGAACGUGGUUGCCCUGGACACUGAAGUGGCCAACAACAGAAUCUACUGGUCUGACCUCUCGCAGAAGAAGAUCUACAGCACCCAGAUCGACAGAGUCCAUGGCUUCUCCUCCUACGACACCGUCAUCAGCAGGGACCUGCAGGCCCCGGAUGGACUGGCUGUGGACUGGAUCCACGGCCACAUAUACUGGACCGACUCUGUGUUGGGCACCGUCUCAGUGGCUGAUACCAAGGGCGUGAAGAGGAAAACGUUACUAAAGGAGAAAGACUCAAAGCCCCGGGCAAUUGUGGUGGACCCCACUCAUGGCUUCAUGUACUGGACAGACUGGGGCACCCCUGCAAAGAUCAAGAAAGGGGGCCUGAACGGUGUGGAUAUCUACGCAUUGGUGACAGAAGACAUCCAGUGGCCCAAUGGCAUCACCCUGGAUCUGUCCAGUGACCGUCUCUACUGGGUUGACUCCAAACUUCACUCCAUCUCCAGCAUUGAUGUUAAUGGGGGGAAUCGGAAGACUGUUUUAGAGGACGAGAAAAGGCUGGCCCACCCAUUUUCCCUGGCGGUCUUUGAGGAUAAAGUGUUUUGGACGGAUAUCAUCAAUGAAGCUAUUUUCAGUGCCAACCGCCUCACAGGCUCAGACAUCAAUUUGGUGGCUGGGAAUCUGCUGUCCCCAGAGGACAUAGUCCUGUUCCACAACCUCACCCAGCCAAAAGGAGUAAACUGGUGUGAGAAGACCGCCCUUCCCAACGGUGGCUGCCAGUACCUGUGUCUCCCAGCCCCACAGAUCAACUCCCACUCACCCAAGUUUACCUGUGUCUGCCCCGACAGCAUGGUGCUGGCCAAAGACAUGAGGAGCUGCCUCACAGGGGCUGAACCUGCAGUGACCACUGGGGGGACCUCCACAGCUCAGUCCACUGUCAGGCAGACAGUUGGCCCUACAGCCUUGGAGCCAAAGUACACGUCCAGCCCGCCCGCUCCCAGCACCACCAGGCAACCCAAGGCCGUCCCUGAACUCACCACAGCAGAAACGGCUACGAUCUCCCACCAAGUGCUAGGCGACAUUGCUGGCCAAGAAGCCGAGGAGAAGUCCAGGCAUGUGGGGGCACUGUCCAUCAUCCUCCCUGUCGUGCUGCUCGGUCUCCUCUGCUUCGGGGUCUUCCUCCUCUGGAAGAACUGGCGGCUGAAGAGUAUCAACAGCAUCAACUUUGACAACCCUGUGUACCAGAAGACCACCGAGGAUGAGGUCCACAUCUGCCGUAGCCAGGAUGGUUACACCUACCCCGCGAGACAGAUGGUCAGCCUAGAGGACGACAUGGCGUGA